CAUCAGUCCAAUAUAAGCUGUUGCAUCUCCUGGAAUUAUAUUUCAACGGAUAGCUCUACACAAAGAAGAUGUCUUCGUCAAUUCUCCACCCGCCAGCCCACCUGCCGCCCUCGGUAGCUCUGCAAUUGUCUCAACAAGCUCCAGCGCUACUUUCCACGACCCCAUCAUCGAUCGCUCCAUACUCUCUUUCAUCCGUAUAUGCUGCGCCAGAAACCCCAGAACUAUGGACAACCUACGAAAAUCUGAUGCUAUCAUGCCUACGCACUGGCGACAAGCAUUCGGCCCGCGUAUGCUUGGACAGGCUGUUGAGCAGGUUUGGGGAGAGCAAUGAGAGGAUCAUGGCAUUACAAGGACUAUACCGGGAAGCAACAGCGGAGAGUGAUAGCGAUCUGCAAAAGGUUCUCACGGAAUACGAUUAUAUACUCAAGGGCGACCCUGGCAAUAUGCCCGUUUCGAAACGGCGCAUAGCUCUCCUGAAGUCCAUGGGAAAACAGGCAGAGGCCAUUUCAGCCCUUGCUCAAUUUCUCGACUGUUCUCCAACUGAUGCGGAAGCGUGGGCCGAAAUCAGCGACUUAUAUGCUUCCCAAGGACUCUAUCAGCAGAGCAUCUUUGCUUUGGAGGAGGUCUUGUUAAUAACACCGAACGCUUGGAAUAUACACGCGAGACUUGGAGAGCUCCUAUUCACCAGCGCUGGGACCGACGGAAGUACAGGGAAGGAUAGCACCACCGAAAAGUACAUCUACGAAUCUGUACGAAGGUUCUCAAGAAGUAUCGAGCUAUGCGAUGAUUAUCUCAGGGGGUUUUACGGCUUGAAGCUUGCAACCGCUCGUGCAUUGCUUACCCUGUCGGAAGGGUCGAAUAAGUCCAAGGCUGAUUCGACACCGAGCCUCAAAACUAUACAGAGCCUUAACCUGCUUGCAACUGCCAAACUUACAGAAAUUGUGCGCCGGAGCGUCGCACGAGAAGCGGGUUGGGAGGGAUAUGACGCAGCAGAGCUGAUCGCAGCACGAGAACUACUUGACCGAGACGCAGUCAAAACCAUCCGUUAGUUCGGUGCGGUGACGCGGGCAAGGAAUAUCCACGCAAGGUACGGGGCUGAUUGAUGAGCGCUGUAUUCUGAAGACCCGGAUGUAGGGCUGACGAUCGCGUCUCGAUCCGAAAAUCGAGACAAUCCGGUCAGACCAUGAUGGCGAUGGUGGACCCAAUUGCCACAACUUCAAUUGUCGUGGCGUUACUCUGUGAUGGCAUUGUGCCAAGGAGCGGAUUUUGUUUAGCUGUUAUAGUACGUGGCAUGUCUGAUCGCGCCGGAAGUACUUUUGGGCGUUGGGGCCUGAUAGGGCCAAAAGAAGAUGUGGCUUUCUUUUCAUGCAGGAUCGCGGAAGGCUUGGGCAUCAACCUUGAUCUUGGGCGGCAGUUUUUUGUUCGGUGAGCCUCGACGACUGUUUUAACCUGGUUCCAAGGCACUGGAUUGGAUCUGAUCCCCAGCGCUUUCUCCGACAAUUAAUCCCUGUUGCCUUGGAAUGCGUGGCCUUGGGCUGUUGCGCAAAUUGCCCAACGCACUGAAUUCACCAAACACCAGCUCCCUAUAUCGUGUAGAUUCCUUGAUGAGAUCCACUGGGCUCCAUAUUGAGUCACAUUCAGGUGUUGCCAGAUUUUCUUGUGGGCUGUUUUUGGAUUGACAGCAAAUUUUCAUCACUGUGGCCGGGCAAUCCUGGGUGGAGCUUGGGCAUUGGCAUGUGUAUAUUAGACAAGAACGGCCACGAAAUAAAAUG